CUCUUAUCCCAUCUCUGGGAGGGAUCAACUCCUUUUAUAUAGAACUGCUCUCUACUUUGCUACGUAUUAGCUUUCUCAUUGAAAAAAAGAAGAAGACAGAGAAGGAGAAGGGAACGCAGAGGAGAGAAGUGAAGUGAAGAAGUGAGAGCGUUACGCCGGCGGUGCACGGUGGCACCGGGCCCCCUUAUUUUACGCCCUGAUUCAUUUUCCACCUAUUCUUUCUAUUAUUUUUUUCCCUAGCGAAGGUUGCUUCUUUCCCACGGCAAAUUCCUAUUUGUCACAGAGAAAAUAUAAAAAAUCGAUUCUGAACUUCGCUUCUUACUCCAUAUUUAUUCAAUUUGCCUUUUGAUUUCUGGCGGACCUAAAAGAAACCCUAUCGUUCCUCUGAUCGUCCCUCUCUAUAAUCUUAGCGGAUCGUUUCGCUUUCAAAUCUCAAAAAAAAGAAGAGGAUAGGGAUUUACGGGAUUAAAAUGCUUUGGAUAAUGCGAUUCUCAGGGUUCUUUUCAGCUGCAAUGGUUAUGAUUGCACUCUUCCCUUCACUCCAGUCGUUUCCUCCAGCUGAAGCCAUUAGACCAUCUCACCUCGACAGCUACCUCCGGUUACCGUCAUAUCAGGUGUCCACAUCACCACCCUCACUGGAGGACCGAUUAUCUUUUCGAAAAGCCUCUGAAUUUCGCAAUGCCGACGAAUGUGGCUUCACUGACCACAAAAUCACUGGCGUUUGCAAUCCUUCUUUAGUUCACGUGGCUGUCACUCUCGAUGUUGAGUACCUCCGGGGCUCAAUCGCCGCCGUCCACUCCAUUCUCCAUCAUUCAUUGUGUCCGGAGAACAUUUUCUUCCAUUUCCUCGUCUCGGAGACCAAUCUGGAAACCCUAGUUCGGUCCACGUUCCCUCAAUUGAAGUUCAAGGUUUAUUAUUUCGAUCCUGAGAUUGUACGGAACUUGAUAUCAUCUUCUGUUAGGCAGGCGCUUGAACAGCCGCUAAACUAUGCUCGAAAUUACUUAGCGAAUCUGCUAGAGCCAUGCGUACGGAGAGUGAUUUAUUUGGACUCUGAUCUAGUCGUUGUUGAUGAUAUCUCUAAGCUGUGGAGUACCAACCUGGGUUCACGAACAAUCGGGGCACCGGAAUAUUGCCACGCCAACUUCACUAAAUAUUUUACGGCCGGUUUCUGGUCGGACGAACGGUUUUCGGGGGCUUUCAAAGGGAGGAAACCAUGCUAUUUUAACUCGGGUGUGAUGGUGAUAGAUCUGGUGAUAUGGAGGCGGGUCGGGUACACGAAGCGGAUCGAAAGAUGGAUGGAGAUCCAGAAAAGUGACCGGAUCUACGAGCUUGGUUCGUUGCCGCCGUUCUUGUUGGUUUUUGCGGGACUUGUGGCACCCAUCGAGCACAGAUGGAACCAGCAUGGAUUAGGUGGGGACAAUGUGUGGGGAAGUUGUCGAGACUUACAUCCGGGUCCGGUUAGCCUUUUGCAUUGGUCAGGGAGCGGUAAGCCAUGGCUUAGGCUGGAUUCCAAACGGCCGUGUCCACUCGACGCAUUAUGGGCUCCUUAUGACUUGAAUGGACGCUCGCAUUGAAAUCAAAGCAGG